AAAGGCGGAAAAGCGGGGAGCGGGAGCGUCGCUCGUCCGCGCCGCCAGCCGACGGGGCGGCUGCUGGCCUCCCGGGCCGGGCCUCCUCCGAGCCGCGCGCCAUGGCGUCGGAGGGGCCGCGGGAGCCGGUCGGCGAGGGCAUCAAGUUGUCAGCAGAUGUCAAGCCGUUUGUCCCCAAAUUUGCAGGGCUCAGUGUGGCCUGGGCAGAGUCUUCGGAAGCACGUGUGUUCCCCGGCUGUGCAGCCACCUACUACCCGUGUGUUCAGGAGCUGCCGGUGCCUGAGCGGAAGCUCUACACUGAAGAUGUGGCCUUUGGGGCUUCAACGUUUCCACCUCAGUAUUUAUCUUCUGAGCUCGCUCUUCAUCCAUGCAGUUAUUCUCCUUACCCCAUGGAGUGUGCACAGAGUGUCUGCCCAGUGCCUGGGUCCCAGUAUGCUUACGGCCACCCCAGCGGUUACCGAGGUUUUCAGACCAUGAAGCCACGAAGCGAGCAGAUGUGCCCUCUCCCACAAGACACGAAAGCUCUGUUUAAGAAAAAAACAUACGAGCAAAAGUUUGACAGCAAGAAGGCUGACGGAUCUCUGUCAUCGGAUCUAAAAUCAGUUAGAGGUUCACAUCCUAUGUCCAUUCACGCUGACAGUAAUUUGAAAUCAGAUACAGAUGGUUAUCAUAAACGAACAGACAGGAAAUCCAGAAUUGUUGAAAAAAGUGGAUCUGCCUCCAAACCUGAGUUUGAAUUUACCAGGUUGGAUUUUCCUGAGCUGCCAGGCCCAGAGAACAGCAAGCUCUCAGAGACACAGAAGCCGCCCAAGUGGGGGCCUCUACGCUCCACCUCAGCUGACCUUUCUCUCCUCAGGGAGGUGGUGAAACCCACUGUGGUGACAGCAGAGGGUGAAGGGGUGGUGAGAAGCACAGAUGCAGUGGAGUCUAUGACUGGCAGCUCUGUGGCCGAUCCCUCCUCAUGUACCAGAGAGUUAUCUUGGACACCAAUGGGUUAUGUUGUUCGGCAGACAUUAUCUACAGAACGGUCAGCAGCCCCUAAAAACGUUACUUCCAUGAUAAACCUAAAGAUGGUUGCUUCAUCAGCAGACCCUAAAAGUGUUAGUAUAUCACCUCCUGAAGUUUUACCUUCGGAUCUUUCCUACAAAGAGAGACAUGUCCACCCAGCUAAAAAGUCCAAAGCGUCACAGGGUGGCGAUCCCGAACAGAAUGAAGCCUCAAGAAAGCAUAAGAAAAAGAAAGAAAAGUCUAAAUCAAAAUAUGAAGUCUUGACAGUUCAGGAGCCACCAAGGAUUGAAGAUGCCGAGGAGUUCCCCAAUCUGGCAGUUGCAUCUGAAAGAAGAGACAGAGUAGCAUCUCCGAAAUUUCAAUCCAAACAGCAGCCACAGAAUAAUUUUAAAAAUAGUGGAAAGAAGAGCCAACUUCCGGUACAGUUGGAUUUAGGGGGAAUGCUAGCAGCCCUGGAAAAGAAGCAGCACUCCCAGAGCUCGAAGCCGUCCUCCAAACCUGUGGUGUUCUCAGUUGGGGCGGUGCCGGUUCUCUCCAGGGACACUGCGUCGGGGAAGAAGGGCCACCACUUCAGCCAGGUGAAGUCCCCACACAACCCCUUGGACUCCAGCGCCCCGCUGAUGAAGAAGGGGAAGCAGAGGGAGGUCCCCAAGGCCAAGAAGCCAACCUCGUUGAAGAAGAUCAUUUUGAAAGAACGGCAGGAGAGAAAGCAGCAGCGUCUCCAAGAAAAUGCUGUGAGCCCAGCUCCUGCCAGUGACGCUGUGCCGGACGGGGAGAGCGGCGGUGACGAUGAGGCCUUCGAGCAGGUUGACCCCUCAGUUUCAGAGGGACCGGAGGAGGUGCUGUCCUCUGCUCCCGCAGUGGAGAGCGGGUCAGAAGAGCCGCCGAGAGCUGAGCUCCAGAAGGAGGCGGAGGGCUGCCACCUGGUGCCCAAUGGCGCCAGCUGCCCCAAGAUCCACAGCCGGAGAUUCAGGGACUACUGCAGCCAGAUGCUGAGCAAGGAGGUGGAUGCUUGUGUCACGGAUCUGCUGAAGGAGCUGGUGCGAUUCCAAGACCGCAUGUACCAGAAGGAUCCGGUCAAGGCUAAGACCAAACGCCGACUCGUGCUGGGGCUGCGGGAGGUCCUCAAGCAUCUGAAGCUCAGGAAGCUCAAAUGCAUCAUCAUCUCUCCCAACUGUGAGAAGAUCCAGUCGAAAGGUGGGCUGGAUGACACGCUGCACACCAUCAUUGAUUACGCCUGUGAGCAGAACAUUCCCUUUGUGUUUGCACUCAACCGCAAGGCUCUGGGGCGCAGUUUGAACAAGGCUGUCCCUGUCAGUGUGGUGGGCAUCUUCAGCUACGAUGGGGCCCAGGACCAGUUCCACAGGAUGGUCGAGCUGACGAUGGCUGCGCGGCAGGCCUACAAGACCAUGUUGGAGAACGUGCGCCAGGAGUUGGCCGGGGAACCUGGGACCCCAGCUCUGGCCAAUCCGCCCAUGCAGGGUCCUGGCUGCUCCACGCAGGACAGCCCCCCUGCUCCUACAGCCGAGAAAGAAGAGCCCCAUUACAUUGAAAUCUGGAGGAGACACCUGGAAGCAUACAGUCGCUGUGCCCUGGAGCUGGAAGACUCACUGGAGGCUUCAACCUCUCAGAUGAUGAACCUGAACUUAUAGGAAGAAUUCUGUGUGUGUGUCGUGUGGGGUAAGGAGGGGGGGGUGUGACAGACUCCGGGGCCUUUUUCUUCCCAGGUUUUCACUGACCUGAUGUAUUCUAUUCUGUGUGGCUGAUAACUGGGAGGGGGUCCAGGGUGUGCCUCCUGGAAUGGAUGCUCAGGUGGCUGGCAGGAGCCUUGCCAGAGAGCCCUGAGACACAGCUUUGGAUGUAAGCGUACGUUGUCUGGGAAGACUGCAACGUGUGGUGCCCUGAGUCUGCUGUGAAGGAAACCCCCUCUGAUGCGGAAAAGCCGAGCUGGGUUAGUUUGUGGCAGCCACUGCAGGCCGCAGCCCUGGGGCUGGUGUUCUUGCCUGAGGACCCAGCACAGCCGCAGAGAAGCCAGCAGGCGGGUGUGGUGGGGCCACUUUUGGGGUGGGGGGGCUUUCUCGGGACCUGGUUCUUCGGCUGGAAGAUUUGGGGGUACUUGGAAUGUCUGCUAAAAUGAGCCUCACUCAGAAGGAAAAUCAGUUCUCUAACCUGUGACCUUUUGACAUGAAUUAUUCCUUUUUGUCUUUAUUUUUCAAAGAAGCAAUGUAUAUUGAAGUCCUAAAUUUCUAUAGGCUUUUUUGUAAAUGAACUUAUUCUUUGAAUGUGGUUUCUGUCUUGGAGGCCAGCAGGAUAGAAGUUUGCUUUCAUACUUUGCUGUAAGUAAGAGGGCUUAUUUAUUUUGAAUAAAGAGCAAUGAUUUGA